GAAAAUGUCCUUAUUGAGAUCAGAGAGUAUGCAUCUCUAUCAGUUUACUUGAUUUAAGGAUAAUGCUCCAAAGGCGAUGCUGAAAUUUGGAGCGCUAGAUUGUAUACAGUUUAUUGAUUUGAAUAAGAGAGAGCAGUCGUUUAAUUUGGUAUAUGGAAAGGAAAUUAAGCGGUGCGAGGAGACUCUAAGAAAUUUACAAAUCCUAAUCCAAGAGUCCUCUGCCUGGAAAAUCCCCAUGACCACACCCAAGACCAUUCAAGAACUGGAAAAAGCCUUGACCAAAAUCCAAGCCAAGCCUGGUCAGACCAAUAGCGCCAUUUUUGAUGAUAUAGAAGAAGAAAUUAGGAAGUGAAGAGAAUGGAAAGAAGAAACCAUGAAGAGUUAUUAUGAGACUAAGAAAGACCUCGUUUCACUGGUGCUGAUGAGAGAGGUGUAUAAGAUGGGCAGAGAGAAGUAUAGAUUGGCUGCGAGGAUUGGAGAGGUUAGGGGUGAUGGGAAUAGCAGUAAAGAUAUGCUCAAGGAACCCUUACUGGAUCAAAAUGUUAGUGGAUAUUAUGCAGCGAUUUCGAUUGCUAAUAUUGCAGGUGUUGUUGGUAAAGAAGAUUCAAUUAGGCUGAGGAGACUAGUGUUCAGAGCAACGAGAGGGAAAGCAAUAGUAAUCACUCAAGAUGUUUCUGCUGAGAUCCUUCGAGAAGAAGGAAUUUUGGCUCCUAAAACAAUGUAUCUUAUUAUUUUUCAAAAAGGUGAUUUCAUUCAUCAAAGGCUUACAACAAUCUGUGAGAGCUUCAACAGUGAGAAAUACGAUCUUCCUGAACCAGAAGAAUCUCAAAAUAUUAUUAGUGAACUUACAUCAAACAUAUCUAAAAUUAGGGAAGUAAUUAUCACAAUGAAUGCCGAAAUUAAGGAAUUCUUCUGGUCCAUAAAUCAAAUUCCAAAUUCAAGUUUGAGUCGAUUCAUGAUCUAUCAAUCUUUUAUAAGAAGGGAGCUUGCAAUCCAUAAUACUCUAAAUAAACUUGUGCCGAUAAACUCAUUAAUUCACGGCUUCUUCUGGAGUCCUUUGCCAAACCGGAAGAUUCAGGAGAAUAUUCAGUUGAUCCAAUCAGAGCAUCGCUUUCCAGGUCUUCAAGCUUUGGAACUUAUGGAAGAAGAUGUCUCGAAUGGACAUAAGCUGAUUCCUCCUACCAAGAUUAGAAGUAAUGACUUCAUUGAACCCUUUCAGCAGAUAGUGAAUACUUAUGGAGUGCCAGGCUAUAAGGAAGUAAAUCCUGCCUAUUUUACAAUAAUCACCUUCCCAUUUUUGUUCGGAGUAAUGUUCGGAGACAUCGGUCAUGGACUGCUACUCUUCUUAUUUUCAGCUUAUCUAUGACUCAGAAAUGACCAUAUAUCAUCAGAUUCUUUCCUGUCAUAUUUUCUACCUGCACGAUAUUUGUUACUUUUAAUGGGGUUCUUCUCGACUUUUUGUGGACUUUGAUAUAACGAUAUGAUGUCAAUCCCUCUUGGGCUUUUUGGAGAUAGUUGAUACAGUAAAAUCUAUGAAGUAACUAUCCAAGAAUGAGUCUAUCCUAUAGGGAUCGAUCCUACAUGGUAUACAAGUAGUUUCUCGAUAACUUUUAUAAAUUCAAUGAAAAUGAAAUUAAGUGUAAUUAUUGCAGUAGCGCAUAUGGCUCUGGGAAUAUGAAUGAAAGCUCUAAAUGCAAUUCAUUUUAAGUCGAAAUUAGACUUCUACUUUGAAUUCUUACCACAAAUCGUUUUAUUACUUGCACUCUUUGGAUAUAUGGAUCUUCUAAUUAUUCUAAAAUGGCUAAGCAACUACUCUGGAGAAGAACAUAUGGCUCCAUCUAUUAUCAACACAAUGAUCAAUAUCCCACUCAAAGGUGCUAUGAUUGAAGGAUAUCCGUUUAUCGAUUCAAUAGAGAAAAAUCAGCAGAUAAGUCUUACACUGUUACUGAUUGCAAUUAUUUGCAUUCCUUUGAUGUUAAUCCCAAAGCCAUUCAUUCUGAUUAAUGCUCUUCAGCAUGAUAAAGACCAAACUGAUAUAAUUUCAUUUCAAGAUCCGAACAGAGAAGGUCAAGAAGAAUCAUACCAUAGACUUUAUGAUGAAGAUGAAACCCAAGGAAACCCAAUUGGAGACACUAGGCAAGGAAAUGAAGAGGAGAAAAGAAUGCGAGAAGAAUCUCCUAAAAAUGAGAGUAAUUUUAGCAGAGAUUCUGAGAUUGAUAAACUAAUGAAGAAGAUAAGUUUGAUUUCAGAGGAUAAUUCACCCUCUCACACUGCAAGUGAGAUUUUUAUCCAUCAAUUAAUUGAAACAAUUGAGUUUGUUCUGGGGACUAUCUCUAAUACUGCAAGUUACCUCAGAUUGUGGGCACUUUCCUUAGCUCACUCCCAGCUUGCUGAAGUAUUUUUCGAGCUUGUCCUUUGGUCAGGAGUAAAAGCACAAAAUCCAAUCAUGAUUUUUAUUGGGUUUAUGGUCUUUGCAACUGCUUCUUUUGCAGUCCUUAUGUGUAUGGACUUGAUGGAGUGAUUCCUUCACACCCUAAGGCUUCAUUGGGUAGAGUUCCAAAAUAAGUUCUACAAAGGGAACGGAACUCUCUUUGCCCCUCUAAAUUUCAGAUCCUGUAUUACAGAGAUUGCUCAACUAAAUUAAGAGAUUUUGAUGGCAAAUAUCUUUGAGAUAAGCUCUCAUUAAAAUUCUUAAAAGUUUAUAUUUGUAAGGAUUAAUAAAUCUAGUUC